UCCGAGGGGAGAAAAUGACCCAAAUAUCUGGAUAAAUGGCGAAGUUCAAGAUGAAGUCCAGUCAGCGGUGGCUUAUAUUUGUUUUGUUUCUCCCUUUAUCAUGUGUUUUAUGCUUUAGUGAGCUGUCCUUCAUCACUGAGCCCAGUGAUGUUACAGUACUACCAAAGGAUUCUGCUGUGUUGGACUGCCAGGCUCAUGGACAGCCUCCAGUCACCAUCAAGUGGCUCAAAAAUGGAGUUAAGUUGGCAGAAAGUGAACACUUAAGGUUUCUGCCUAAUGGCUCCUUGUCCAUACCAAAGAUAAAGCAUACCAAGGAGGAUUCAGAUGAAGGAUUCUACCAGUGCCUCUCCCAAAACAAAUAUGGAGCAAUCCUAAGCCAAAGAUCACGUCUGACUAUCGCAAGUAUCACAGAGUUUGAGUCGCAUCCCGUGUCCUUAGUGGUAUCUGAAGGUUCAGUGGCACGAUUCUCCUGCGCUGUCACGUCCAGUCCGCCUGCCACCAUCACCUGGGAGUUUAACCAAAGCACCCUGCCUCUCCAGACGGACAGACUUACGGUUUUGCUGAAUGGAGUUCUUCAGAUUCAUAACGUUCGUCUGGAAGAUGUUGGAAGGUAUCGGUGUGUUGCUACUAACAUCGGCAGCCGUUUAAAAAGUAGAGAAGCCACACUCACAGUUCACAAAGAUGGAGGCCGUAAACCACCCCAGAGACCCAGAAUCAUCGCUGGACCUCAAAACGUAACAGUGUCCCUACACCACACUGUGGUACUGGAGUGUGUGGCCACAGGCAACCCCUCACCCAUCAUCUCCUGGAGCCGAGCCGACAGUAAACCCAUAGAUGUUUACAACGCCAAAGUACUGGGAAAUGGGAAUUUGGUUAUCACUGACGUUAACGCGAAGCACAGUGGAGUCUACCUCUGCAGGGCCACCACGCCUGGAACACGCAACCACACGACUGCUGCAGCCAACCUCACAGUUCUAGUGCCACCUACCAUCGUUGAGAGACCUGAGAGUCAGACUCGUCCACGAGCCGGCACUGCCCGCUUCAUGUGCCAGGCAGAAGGAGUUCCCCCACCUCGCAUCCGCUGGCUGAAGAACGGGGAAGAGGUUCACCUAAAUGGGAGAAUAAAGAUGUACAACAGUAAACUGGUGAUCACCCAGAUUAUCCCUGAAGAUGACGCCAUCUAUCAGUGCAUGGCAGAGAACGAACAGGGUUCUGUGCUGUCCUUGGCUCGCCUUAUUGUCGUCAUGUCUGAGGACAGGCCCAGUGCACCGAGGAACAUCCAUGCUGAAACCAUUUCAAGCUCUGCCAUCUUACUGGCCUGGGACAGACCGUUGUACAAUGCAGACAAAGUGAUAGCCUACUCCAUCCACUACAUGAAGGCCGAAGGUCUGAACAACGAAGAGUAUCAGGUUGUCAUUGGCAAUGACACAACCAGCUACAUCAUCGAUGACCUUGAACCCGCUCGAAACUACAGCUUCUACAUCGUGGCUUAUAUGCCGAUGGGAGCAAGUCGUAUGUCCGACCAAGUCAGUCAGCAUACUCUGGAAGACGUACCUCUGCGUACUCCGGAGCUCACGCUGACCAGUCACAGUUCAACCGACAUCCAUGUGAGUUGGCAGCCUCUGCCUGCCAAGAUCAGCCGCGGGCGAGUGUUGGCCUACAGACUCUCCUACCGCACGGCUGUGGACGACACCAUCAUAAAUAUGGAGCUACCACAGAACGGCACCGAAUACCUGCUAGAGGGCCUGCAGCCUGACACUAUUUACCUGCUCCGUAUUGCUGCAGCCACGCGUGUGGGUUGGUGUGAGCCCUCACCGUGGACCUCACAUCGUACACCAAAGAUCUCAAGCAGCAAAGUGCCUCCAGCCCCUGUUUUGCAACUUGAGGCACUUAACUGCACCUCUGUCAGAGCACGUUGGCACACCUCCCCAGAUCCUGUGGCGGUUCUGGGUUUCCGGCUGUGUUACCACGAGGAAGGCCAGCCGGAGCAGCCGAGCAUCUUGCUGCAGGCUGAGACUUACAUCCACACAAUUGGUGGCCUUGAUCCAAGGAGAAAAUACCAUGUCAAAAUUCUGUCUAUCAGCAAAGUUGGAGAUGGUUAUCAGACAGACCGAACAAUUAGCACUCCAGGAUGUGUUUCGGCCAGAGACCAGUCGUCCGCAGCUCCUCCCCCUCCACAUCAAGUUACUGUAUUGACCAGCAAUUCAUCCACGAUGUCCCUUCGGUGGAGUCGGCCUGCUUUUUCCUCCGGAAAGGCUGUUAGCUACACAGUCCGCUGUACGCCUGUGGGCACACAUGAUGUCUCCGCCAUCCGCUACAUACAAACAACCAAGCAGAGUGUUAUGGUUCAGGAUCUGAUUCCAAACACUCGAUAUGAGUUUGUCGUGCGUCUCCAUGUGGAUCAGAUGUCGAGUUCCUGGAGCUCUGUUGUUUACCACCAGACUCUGCCUGCAGCGCCGAGCCGCCCGCCCGCUGGAGUCCGAGUAACUCUGAUUGAGGAUGACACCGCACUGGUGUCCUGGAGGGAGCCCACUGAGCCAAAUUUGGUGGUUACACACUACACCAUUUUAUACGCUUCACAGCAAGCUUGGAUGGCUGGACAGUGGCAAAGAAUACAGAGAGAGGGGACUCAUACGAUGGCCUUAUUAGAGAAGCUUGAGCCUGGGAAUGUCUACCUGGUGAAGAUUUGUGCCUCCAACAAAGUAGGCGACGGUCCGUUCUCCAGUGUUGUGGAACUGACGCCAAAGCAUGGACACCUUCACCGCAGCAAGAACCCCAGGCACUCCGACGGGUUUUCAGACACAGCAGUGUUUUCUGAUGGCCUCUACCACAUCGACCAGAGGUCUGUGACGGGGAUAAUGGUUGGUGUGAGCAUCGCCUUAACCUGUAUCGCCAUGUGUGCCUUAAUCCUGAUCAGCAAGGGCAGACCAAGAAAAUCAGCCAGUCCCAAGGUGAUUGCUGUGAGAGCUGCUGAAGGUCCACAUCCUGGCAUGCCACUUCCUGGUAAUUACUGCUUGGAGAAUGUUGAUGCCCUCCUACCGGCGAUCAGUAAUCAAAUCAUAGAUCCUAAGGAUGGAUCUGAUAUUGUCGUAAAUAACUGCAGUUCAGCUGCCAGCAAGAUUCAAAGCAAGAAGUGGCUGAUUUUCAAGAAGGAGAUGAGAAAUCCACCUGCAAAUGAUGCUGAGACAAGAGCCUGUUUGUACGAAACUGGCAAAACCGUCCUGAGGUACGACGACCGGCUCGGCUCGGCUCCUCUGCCCGCUUCGUCUCGGGAGAUGAUCUACGGACCGCUUCACCCGGAGAGCUCUCAAAGCAGCGAGGGCAGCCAGGAAACUGGUGACUCCGGACACUACUCCAACGAGGAAAGCAAUGAAGAACCGAGCAACUCGUCAGCCUCCCAAAGUUCCAGAGCAACAUGUGUGGAGUCAGAUCACAGCGCUGAUCUUAAGCAGUCUGUCAAACUGGAACUAGAGGGAAUGUCGGCCCGUCGCGCAGCUCUUGAAGCUUCCUGGUUUAAGGCUCGUCCCCAAGCCGCCUGCUCCUGACCCCUCCAGGCCUGUUUCCACCCUCCACCAGCCAAAGCUACCCCACUUCUACCUCAUUCGCUUCCUGAGAAGAGAGACCCUUGAGUAUUUCAUGACAGAGAGGGGAAAUCAGGAACCAGCUGCUGAAACGGAAGAAAUGUGGAUUCGCUUUGAACGUACCUCAGGAUUUUGUAUGAAUGUUCUUAAAACAUUUAUUUUCCUCCUUUUUUUACACAACUUUCUACCUGUUUGCGUGUUUGGUAUUGUCUGUCCUAACCAAAGCUCACCCAUGAUGAAUGUUUGAAAAGAAUGUCAGAAUUUACUGUGAUACAUUUUAUUAUAUUUAUUAGAGAUGCACCAAUCGUGACGAUUCGCUUAUUGGAAAAAGUUUGGAUUUUUGAUUUCAUCCAAUUCUUUCUUGGUGCAUAUCUAAUAUUUACUCGUCUACUAUUAUGGAGGAUCUAAUGGAGCCGUUUUGGAUUAGUAAUCUACCUCAGCUUACUCUUAAGAAUAUACAUUACUACCUCCUUUUACCACAUGUUCUGCAGUAUUACCUCAGACUCAGGGGACAAAGUGAAAAAAAGCUUAAUUUCCAUGUCAACUUUGUUUUAUUUCAGUUUCUGCCUACAUGGUUGAAAGUAAUUUAGUUUCUCUUCAUUUGUCUUUGUCGAAAACAUGAAAAGUGCAUUACAUUUUGCCAAACUAUUUUUAGCUUUAUGAAAUAGUUUUGUUUGGCAUUUUGGUACACUGAACUUAAAGCUUUAACAUGGCCUUAAUGAAGAAAGGGCUUUACAUGCUAUAGAUGGUUAGAUCCAAAGACAGAAGAAGAAAAGAGAAACUGCACCCAAAGAGCUUCAUUAGAAACUAUAAGGCAACCAAAAAUAUAGCUGAUGUCCUUUUGGGAUGUGUUUGCCAAAAUAUUGUUCUCACCAGAGAUGUUCCCUUCAACGGUGCUGGUUUCUCUGAGUGAUUGUUAAUAAUGCUUUAUUCUGGCGAAAGCUUUAGCACAAGCCUUGUGCUCUGUUUGCCUUCUAGACCAUUGCUAAGUGCAGAGGUGAUGCCGAUGCUAUUAUCCAAAGAGUUGUUCUGCUUCCUCAGACGGGUGCAGCUUGUUUUAUACAGUUGAUCCUUGGCAUGACCUGGUGAAAAGUACACACACAAGACCAAAGAUCCAGUGUGUCCUGCCACUGAUGAAUGGAUUUAAUUAUUCUAAACUGCGAGAAUCAUUCAUCAGCAUUCAUUAACUCUGUUGUAAGGAUGAAGACUUUGCUUUUGUCCUUUAUAUUUCCUGUCCAGGUGUGACAGUAAAAAGAUUCUGACUAUCAUAAAGAAAACCCUCUGUGCGAAGAGCAACAUAAUCAGAUUUGUAUAUCUUUUUAAUACAAAUAAUCCUAACCAAAGGAUCUUACAGUCAGUUAAUUUAGUGAAUUUCUUUGGUUUUCAUUUACAUUGUACAAAGGAGUUGUAUUCAAAGAUAAUAUGGUUUCCGCUGAAUUUGGAUUCUAGAAAGGCAUUUUCUUUUCACACAGUUAUUUUUCUAUUCUUGGGAUGCCAGAAAGUGUUUUGGUGUCUUUUUAACCACUUUGAAUUUUAACCUGAAUGAUUCUUAGGUUCCUUUGGGAAAAUUCUGAUUUAGAUUGUAUUUCUUUAGCACAAUGUUGUGAACCAAAAACAUUUAUUGUGAUACUUUUCCAAAAAUGUCUUCUUUCGGUUUUAGUUAAAGCAGUGUGAUGGCUGCUGUAAAAUGGCUAAAACUGAAAGCUAAUGUUGAAGCCCAACAGGUUUGGAAUUUAGACAUAGAAUGUAGAUUUAACUGUUAUUUAAUUUUUCGGAUGUUUUUUUUUUUUUUUAGUAACAGAAAACAUCUUCUAAACCAAAGUGAGCAACAAAAUAUAUUAUUUUAUGGUGUUGAACUGUUGCAACUAGCUUUUUGAUACUCAGACUGUUAAAGAUUAGAUAAUAAAAUUGUUC